AUUCUACUGAUAUACAUAUAAAUAUAUUUUUUAAAGAUAUAUAUACAUCUAUAAAUAUACAUAUAGAAUCAGUAUUUACAUACUUAACUGUCAGUCUUACCCCAGAGGAUUCACGUUUUGCAUCUAGAAUACACUGUGUCAGUGAUAAACACCAGUAUUCUCAUUUUACGUCAAGCACAGAAAUAUAUUUGGAAAGAUGACUCGUCCGACCUAUCAACUCGUCCUAAUCUGCUUAUCCUUCAUUACACUCGCCAUGUAUCUACAACUCGGAACAAAUGCCUACAUGUUACCGAAUAGAUAUCAGUUGGCGCCUUAUGCAAAUGAUUAUGAAAAUGACGCUGUCAUGUAUCGUCAUAUGCUUAUCCCAUUAUCCUCUGUACUAUCAACAAGAAUGCAUAAAAGAGGGCCGGAAUUAAUUAUCCCAUUCAUUAGUGGUGGAGCUCCAGCGAAGAAAUCUGAUGAUGUUGAAUGAAUCAUUGAUUAAUUGAUUGAUUGGUUAAAGUACUGAAUCACUUAACUUAACAGACAAAAUAAAAAUCAAGCGUGAAUACUUGUCAAGUUAAGAUCUGCAGUGUGUUUGCGUGAGUGUCUGUAAUUGUGUGUGUGAGUAUGACUGCGUGUUGAUUUCAUGAAAUAUACAAAAAUCUUUUGAAAACUUUCUUUUUCAAUACAAUAUAUUAAAAAAAGA